UGUAUUGAAUUGGCGGGGGGAAGAAUCUCUGCUUCAAACGUUGAAAACAUCAAAUCUCUUGGAAGUUUCUUUUGAGGAGGCAGCUGCUGAUUUUGUCGUUUUGAAGUUAAAGAUACAAUAAAGUAGAUUUAAUUUGUAUGAAAACAUGGAGGGCUGUAAGGAUGGCGGGGAGAUGUCGGAGGUUUCUGACAGGCUGGAGAAAUCUUUGUGUAUGGAAGACCAGAUGGAAGCAUACAGCAGGUUGAUUUCAGACGGCAAAGCUGUUGCCAAACAAGGAGACAUUCAUCAAGCUCUGAAGCUGUUCAAACAGGCGUUCAGCAUUCACCAAACUCCCAAACUGGAGAGCAGAAUAAAGAAGAUCGAAGAACUCCUGGCUGAGAAUGACUUGGAGGAUGAAGACGACGAGUUUGUCAAUGUGAACAACAGCGGCUUACUGCUGUUUAAAGAACUGUAUGACAAGCUGUACGACUAUCAGAGAGACGGAGUUUCCUUCCUGUACGGCCUCUACAGGGACGGCCAGAAAGGAGGAGUUCUGGCGGACGACAUGGGACUCGGGAAGACCAUCCAGAUCAUCUCCUUCCUCUCUGGCAUGUAUGACAACGACCUGAUAAAACACACUCUUCUGGUCAUGCCAACCUCCCUCAUCACAAACUGGGUCAAGGAGUUCAGCAAAUGGACUCCAGGAAUGAGGGUGAAGGACUUCCACGGUCCCAGUAAAGCAGAGAGGACCAGGAGUUUGGAGAAAGUUCAGAGGCGAGGAGGAGUGAUCAUCACCACCUACACCAUGCUGAUGAACAACUGGCAGCAGCUGGCCUCCUUUCAGGGAAAGGAGUUCUGCUGGGACUACAUGAUCCUGGAUGAAGCACACAAGAUUAAAAACUCUUCCACCAAAACAGCCAAAAGUGCCUACGCCAUUCCCUCCAAGAACAGGAUUCUCCUGACGGGAACUCCGGUCCAGAACAACCUCAGAGAAAUGUGGACCCUCUUUGACUUUGCCUGUCAGGGAACUCUCCUGGGAACAGCCAAGACGUUCAAAACAGAGUAUGAGAACCCCAUCACUCGCGCAAGGGAGAAGGAUGCUACUCCUGGGGAAAAGGCUCUUGGGUGCAGGAUGUCUGAGAACCUCAUGACUCUGAUCAAGCCCUACUUCCUUCGUAGAACAAAAUCAGAAGUGCAGAAGAAGAAGACUGGUGGAAAAGAGGCAAACCCAGAACCUGAUAACCACCAAUACCCUCAAGAUCAGCCAACCUCUGGGGCAGUCAUGCCCAAGCUCACCCGAAAGAAUGACCUGAUCGUCUGGACUUACCUGAGUGCCGUUCAGGAGGACAUUUACAGACAGUUCAUCAGUUUGGACCACAUCAAGGAGCUGCUGAUGACCACCAAAUCACCUCUGGCUGAAUUAAACAUCCUGAAGAAGUUGUGUGACCAUCCGAGACUGUUGUCUGCCAAUGCUAUUGCACAGUUAGGCCUGGAUCAAAAUCCUCAGGGUGAAAAUCAUGAGACUGAUGUUAAGAGCAUCGCAAACAUUUCAGAUGAAACUUUGAUAUCAGAAUCUGGAAAGCUUGUCUUUCUGUUGGCUCUUCUGGAGCGACUCAGAGAGGAAGGCCACCGAACGCUUGUCUUUGCUCACUACAGGACAGUCCUCGACAUCCUCGAACGGAUCCUCGGCAACAGAGGGUUCAAACUGCUGAGACUGGAUGGAACCAUCACACAGAUCACAGAACGAGAACAACUGAUCUCUCGGUUUCAAAAAGACAAACGUUACUCCGUGUUUCUCCUCACCACUCAGGUUGGAGGAGUGGGCAUCACCCUGACAGCAGCAAACAGAGUAGUGAUCUAUGAUCCGAGCUGGAACCCUGCCACAGACGCUCAGGCUGUCGACAGAGCGUACCGCAUUGGCCAGACAGAAAACGUAGUGAUCUACAGACUGAUAACCUGUGGAACGGUGGAGGAGAAGAUCUACAGACGGCAGGUUUUCAAAGACUCCCUGAUCAGGCAGAAUACCGGAGACACAAAGAACCCAUUCAGGUACUUCAGCAGACAAGAACUGAAGGAGCUCUUCACCCUGGAGGACCCAAGGUCUUCAAGCACCCAACUUCAGCUGCAGGAUCUGCACUCCAGAGAACGACGGACUGACCCAGCUCUAGAUGAGCACAUCGCUCAACUGCAUGCUAUGCACAUGUUUGGGAUUUCAGACCACGACCUCAUGUUUUCUCUUGAUGUGAACCAUGAUGACGACCCUGAAGACCAGGAGGCAUGUCACUACAUCGAAGGGCGAGUCCAGAAGGCUCAGGAGCUAAUGAAGGCGGAGUCUGAGCUGCAGAUGCAGCUGGCGGAGAGCAUGGCGUCCAGCACAGAACCAGCCUGGCUGAGACAGCCGCCGGACCACACCAGACACCGGACCAACGAGAACAAACCAAGGAACCCAAUGCCAGGAGUUCCUCCUCCACUUCCUGACCCGGAGGUGGUGGAUAUGGACCGGUCCGGUUCUGGAGGAAAGCAACGCCAUCAGAAGUCCAGCAAUGAAGUCAUUGAUCUGUCUGGAGAACCAAUAGGCGGCUCUUCUGGACCGGAUGCCAGUCUGAUUGAGAUCAACGCAGACGAGAAGCCCGACGGGCCGACCAGAACCUCCGAGGCCGACCGGCAGAACCACAGCCACUCGGACCUUCAGCAGUAUGACACCUCCGGACUGAGUUGCGGGCUCGAGUCUUCUCACGGAAACUUCAACCUGGAGCUGGAGGACAGCGACGAAGACGAGGGUCAGGACGCUGCCGACACCGAGGAAGAGGAGCAGAAACUUCUGACUGAGCUUCAGCUCAACGGCAGCUUCAGCGUCCACAAGUCCCUGACGGAGAGUCUCUGCAGACAGACCGGCGUCUCGGGUCUGGACCGGUCCUCCAACAAGUCCGCCAACGAGUCCAUCGUGGGCACCAAGAGGAAGAGGGCAGCAGUGAUUUAUGACAGUGAUGAAGAGGAGCAGCAGCUGGUCGGCUCCUUCCAGGCGCUCGGAUCGUCCACGCCCAAAAUGUCUCCACCCAGGUCCAGACGGAGCGUUGCAGGAAACACGUCUGUGGUCUCCAAUCGCUCCCUGCUGCAGUCUGUCAUCCAGGACUCAGAGGAGGACGAGAGCGAUGAAGAGGAAGCAGAGAAGAUGCUGGGGAUGAACUCUGAGCAGGAAGUGAUGGCUGGAGAGACUCUGCUUACAGAGGAAGAGGAAGAUGAUGAGGAUGAUGAUGAUUACAGAAUGGAGGAUGAUGUUGAUGAGGAUGAUGAAGAGUCAUCGGAGCGGCUCUCUGCAGCGGGCGGAGACAGCAUGGCGGGUUCUGCUCAAGAUGAGCCUCAGCCGGAGGAGGAGCAGAGUUGCCAUGGUAACGGAGCAUCGCCCGAGCGCCUGACCCUGGAGGAGUCGAGCGUGGAGCCGGAGCUGGCCCCCGGCGAGCAGAUGGACCGCUGCGCCUCGUCUGGUGCCGACCCGGACAGCUACGAGUCUCUGGUCCGCAGCGGGAAGGAGAAGAUCAGCCAGAACCGACCCGACGACGCGCUGGACUUCUUCCUCAGAGCCAUCGACCUCCGACCCGGCGACCCCGAGGUCCAGCUCAUCACCAUCCAGCUGUACCGGCAGCUUAGCCACAGGCGGUAGCAGCAGAACCGCCCAGCGACCCGGAACCGGCAGGAAGCCAGCUGGACUCUGAUCGGCCUCUCCUGCUCCAGAUGUUUCUCUGCAGCUGGUUGUGGAAACCAAUCCUGGACAUUUUCUUCUGUCGUCAUGAGAAAUCUUGUUUCGUUGCUACUCAACAGAAAACUGUUUUACAGUUUAAAUCUAAAAAAAAAAGAAAUAAAGUUGUGACUAAACAAAAAUGUUUAAUAUUUUCCUGCUUCAGUUUCUGUAAAUAAAGGUUCAGUUUUUGGAAUGAUCAAUAACAGGAUCAGCGCUGAUUGGCUGCCCUCCCCUCUGUACAGGUAAGUUGGCCAGCGGCCCUUCAAAGCGCUGAGGCGCAGGUUUGUUUUUUUCUUUUAAAUUGUAGUAAAGCCUCGACAACAGGGAGGUAAAGGUGGGUGGCA